AUGCAGUGCAAACUUCGCCCCCUUGAAGCUAUUUGCGUUGCUGGUGCAGUCGAAGAUUGUUUGGAUAGGCUUCGCGUCUUGCAGAGCCUUACUCCAUCAGUUAUUACUCAAAGAGAUGAAUUAUCAAAUAUUCUUGGAAAUACAGUUGCCCAAAUUAUCAAAGAACAAAAGGUUUGCGAAGAAAAAUACGAAGUAUUAGUUAAGCGUAGAUCUGAGCUUAAAUCUCUUUCAAACAAGACAAGAUAUAAAAAGAACCAAGAUAAGAUCGAAGCUCAGGCUCACGAACUUCAGGAAUUGACACGCGAACUUUGCAAGCAUCUUCGUGAAUCUCCAAACGUCUCUCAGAACUUGCUCAAAAUCCAAACAGAGAGAACAGAUUUAAUUACUCAUUUCGAAUCCUUUAGAAAGGAGCUCCUUUCAACAUACUCAUUCCAAGGAAUCUACGAAUGGGCAUCUGGCCGCACAACAGCAUACAAUAAAAUGAUGCAAAUCAUGCAACAAGAUAAAGAUAUGCAAAAGGAAAUUAAAGACCUUGAUGAAAAAAUCCGUAAGACUGAAGCUGAGAUGGCUCGUCAACUUGAAGACCUCGAUAUUAAGAUUAAGGCCUCCAAAGAAGAAUUACAGCAAACACAAGCAAGAAUUGAGGACGUAAAGGCAAACAGAGAUGACGAGCGCCAGGCACACCUUGAAGCACAGCAGAAUAUGAACGAAUUGAACCAAUCCAAGCUUACACAACAAGUUAUUAACGCUAAAUUACAACUUCAGAAUGAGAAAAACGUACAUUCAGUUACUUUGUCUUACUUCGAUCGUCGUCGUGCUAAAAUCAACCAGAUGAUGAAAGAAUGGACAGAUAAAUACGAAACUGAUAUUAAACAAGAGACCGAGAAGCUCCAGGGAUUCAAGAGAAGAAUAGAUGCAGCUACAGCUGAUUACAACGAACUUAAGCCUGAAAAGGAAGAGGCAGAAAGACUUAUGGCUCUCGAAACAGAAAGAGCUAAAGAAAGAGCCAAGCAAAACGAAUUACGUAAUUCUCAGACAACUGUUAUGAAUAAGAUCAAGAUUCUUUACCUUUUGCACUCUAAAAUUAGAGGUCCAUUGCCAAAACCAAAACGUGGCAAAGGUAAGAAGAAAUAA